AUGUCCACAGCCAUUCAGAAAGUGAUUCUGUUGACCGGGGCCACGGGCUUUAUCGGCUUUCAAACACUCCUCGAUGCCCUGCAGGCUGGGUUUCAAGUGCGAUGCGUGGUCCGCAGUGAGGCUAAAGGACAGGCUCUCUUGUCCAAGCCAGCAUUGCAAUCGUACCUGCUCGCCGACAAUGUCCCAGCCCCGCGCGUAGCAAUUGUUGUCGUGCCAGACCAGGCGGCCCCACAGGCGUUCCACCAAGCUAUCGUUGGGAUCAAGUAUGUAAUCCAUGUCGCAUCGCCUCUCCCGCCCACUCAGCCAGGCCAUCUCGAUGCCGAGGCCGAUUUUCUCGUCCCUGCCAGACGGGGAACCCUCGAAAUCCUGGAAGCGGCGGCAAUAGCCCCCUCGGUCGAACGUGUCGUUAUCACCAGUUCGGUAGUGGCCUUUGUAUCGCCGAAGAUCUUCAUGGGGCUGGAGCGCGCAGAUCCAACGCAUCCAUUCACUCCCACCAGCCGCGUGCCACUGAUGAGCCCGCCUUUCCCGCACGCGGGGAUCGCCUAUAUAGCCUCCAAAGUGGCGUCUCUUGAGGCGACCGAGACGUGGAUGAGAAACCACAAGCCGCAAUUUAGCGUCGUCAAUAUCCAUCCAUCCUGGGUCAUGGGCAGAGCGGAGUGUCUGGGGAAGGAUCAAGAUGGCUUGUUCAAUACCACCAACCGGCUGGUCCUCAAUACGAUUGUCAAGGGCCAAGCAUCACCGUUUCCCAAGAUGAUGCGGGCGGUUGUAGAUGUCCAUGAUGUGGCCCGCCUACAAGUCGAGUCGUUACAAAAAGCAGAUAUCGUGGGAUCGGGGGAAUGUCGGAGUUUCAUUGCAAGCAUACCAGGUGCUUAUGAGGAAAUUCCAAGCAUUAUUCAGAAACGAUUUCCUGAGGAGAUUCGCAACGGUCGCAUUACUAUCUUGGGCGAGCAGGCGUCAUUUCCUCUUCCGAUUGAUUCAUCUGACACCGAAGUGACUUUCGGGUGGAAAUUCAGGGGACUGGAGCGAAUCGUCACCGAUCUAAUCUCACAAUACAUCGAUCUUCAAUAA